AUGAGUCGACUCAAGCUCUACGUCGCGGGCUCGGCCGCCAUGGCCAACAUUGUGCUGAUGCGCGCAUACUACGAGCGCCCCAACUUCUACUCGGCCGCCGUCUACAUCUCCCAGAGCACCGGCUCGCUCAUGUUCCUCGUCAAUCUGAUGCUCAUCGUCGCCGCGAGCUUCGGCUAUGGACUCCAACGCCUCUUCUACGGCCCCCUCCGCCCCAUCGAGACCGAGCAGCUGUACGACAAGGCCUGGUUCGCUGUGAGCGAGACACUGCUGGCUAUGACCAUAUUCAGGGAUGAUCUCGGCAUGUGGUUCUUCGCAAUGUUCCUCUGCUUGCUUGCAGGCAAGGUCUGGCAGUGGAUCGGAGAGGGGAGAGUCGAAUUCCUCGAGCAACAGCCUCCGGCAAACCCAAAGCUCUUCCACACGCGCCUCAUGAGCUCCUUGCUAUUGUCCGUUGCCUUCGACAUCUUCAUGAUGCAGUACUGCAUUGAUUCAAUCCUGUCAGAGGCACGGCCGGGUGUCAUGGUCAUGUUUGGCUUCGAAUACGUCCUCCUGGCCACCGCAUCGAUAUCGACCCUACUACGAUACGCACUGUCGCUCGUCGAACUAUACAUUACACACCGCCAAGAGAAAGCACGAGAGGAGGCUCGUCGUAUCGCAAGGGAACAAGCACGCCAGCAGGCUACAGCAGAAGGAAUUGAAGCGCCUGCUGAGGCAGACGACGAUGAAGACGAGGGCGACGUGCCCGGAUGGGAAGAGAAGGGUCGCUGGGUAUUCUACUUGGAUCUCGCGACCGACUUUGUCAAGUCCUUCGUCUACCUGGGCUUCUUCGUCAUUUUGAUGACUUUCUACGGCAUACCAAUCCACAUCAUGAGAGACUUGUUCAUGACCAUCCGAUCCCUCCUCAAGCGUAUCCACGACUUCAUCCAGUACCGAAACGCGACCCGCGACAUGAACACACGCUAUCCAGAUGCGACGGCAGAAGAACUCGAGCGGGAGAACACAUGUAUCGUCUGUCGCGAAGAGAUGCGGCCGUGGACACAACCAGGCGCAGACGGUGCACAGCCAGGUCGAAGAAUGGACGAGCGACAACGGCCGAAGAAGCUCCCCUGCGGACACAUCCUACAUUUCGGAUGUCUUCGUAGUUGGCUUGAGAGACAACAGGUGUGUCCCACGUGCCGAAGGCCAGUACUCUCAUCAGCGACGACACAAACUACGCAACGCAACAAUCAAGCCAACCCGGGGGAGCAAAACCUUCAGAACCGAGAGGCACUGCGAGCAAUGUUUGGAGGAAAUGCGCAGCAAGGUGCUGUCGGAGGGCAACAAGGACAAGGCCAGGGCCAGGGUCAGCAGCCUGCACCACAGGGUGGACAAGCAAAUCCUCCAGCAGGCAACAUGCGCGUGUUCAACUUCGGGCCAUUUCGGAUCGCUCUCGGGAACAUUCGCGUACCACCAGGACAACAGGACAAUGUCGCCGUGCAGAACGCGAUUCAGCGAUUGCGCGAGCAAGCCAACGGAAACAACGCGGCGCAGAAUCAAGAUCAUCAAAACCAAGCACAGGGCCACACGGGCUUCACGCCAUGGGCUACUCCCAACCUUCCCACCGGCCCCAUCCCCGGAGCCGUCGCGCUGCAUCCGUCAGAUAUUCAGUCCGACAUAUUGCGCAUACAACAGAACAUUAUUGAGUCGAUGCGGCAUCUCAACGCACAACACGAGCAACUUGAGGUUGUCCAUAGACUUCUUGCUGAGCUCAACAGGCUUCAGCAGGCUUCAGGCGUGGCUGCCGCGACAGGGCAAGAGCUACCACCUAUUGCCCCAUUGAACCCACCUAACAUGAACUCGUUCGUACCGCAAGCCUACUUCGCCAGAGGGUCCGUUCUGCGACAGGGCGAUCCCGGUGUGCCUGAAGGCUUGACGCUACCGGAAGGGUGGACAUUGAGGCCGAUGGCCCUAGCGCCACGGAACAGCCAAGAAAGCGCGACACGUCCAUCCUCGCAACCUGGACAUCCGGCGCCAGAGAGUGGCUCGAUACCGCCUCAACUUCAGACAACACCGCCAGUAGCGGAACCUGACGCAGGGCCUUCGACGUCCGCUCCCGCGGCCUCACAAAACCAGCCAGCUUCGUCGACUCCUAACCCGACUACUUCCGAUGAGCCCUCCAAUCGUUCGCCGAAGCCUGCAGAGCCUAGCUCUCUCGAGUCAAGCUGGAGCUUUGGUAACGUAGGAGAGAGGACUGAGGCCGAAGGCUCAAGCUCUGCGGUCGCUGGAAGCAGCUCUGAGGGCCAGACUGCAACAAGACGGACUGUUACUGUUGAAGAUGUCGAAGACGGUGAGCAGUAG